CACACACCCACACACUACACCACUUUUUUUUAGAGAGAGAAAGUGAAACUUUAGAGAGAGAAAUCGAGGCUCAUAUAUAUGCAUGUAUAUAUAUAUGUAUCUAGAGAGAGAGAGACUUGUUUGAUUCGCAGUCUUUUGCUGCUGUAUUGAUUGUUUAGAGGGGUUUUGUUUCCCCACUGAUGUACUCAAUUGAAGAUUGUGCUACAUAUAACAAGGACAGAUCAAAUGCCAUCAUUAAAAAUGAAGACCAAGUCAACUGUGGGGUGUUUAAGAGAAAAAAAUGGUCUCCAUGUAUGCCAGAAGUCAAACAUGAUAUCGAAGAAUUCUUGCUCUAAUGUCCGGAUUUCUCAUCAAACAGCAGAAUUUGAUUCUAUUAUUCAAAAUAGUGAGAAUGUUUCUCUGUGCAAUAAAGUAUAUGCUCAGGAGAUUGAAGAUGACAAAGCUAUUGACCAUCAUGAAUUGAUCGAUGAAGAAAAUCUUGAGUUAAAUUUUGCGACUGCUGGGAGAAUGGAAACUACACCACCAACUUGUGCGUCAAACUUGGAGACAAUUUUUUCACCAACUUUGGAGUCAAAUGAAGUUCACGGUGAACCAGAGAUCAACAAUGAUGCAGGGAGUAACGAGGAUCUUGAUCCAUCACUUUUGGGAGCUGAUGACAGUGAUGAUAACAGCAGAAGCUCUAGUGAAUAUCAAACUUGCAAUGUCUCAGAUUUCUACAUUUCUGACAUGAUUGUUGCAGGCUUACCCAUUGAAGGCAACUCAAUUUAUGAUGACAUCACAGAAGCUAGUUGCUUGCUUGAUUACAAAUGUGAUGAGCCAAGUACGUUUUUUGAUGUGGCUGAGGAAUACAUGAUACUGCCUUUCCUUGAGGAUACCAUGGAGGCAGGUGGCGAUCAUGAAGGCAGAACAUGUGAGGACACAAUUAUAGAUUCAGAUGAUUCAAGCUUGUAUCUUGCAAUCCAUCAGUUGAGAUCCUGCAAUGAGGAACCUGAUGUGAAUCCCUACUCAGAUUCAGAUCAAUUAGAGUGCUUUGAUCCACACAUGUUUAUCAGAAAUCUACCUGACCUACCAGAUGUGGCGCCAAAUUUUCACCCCAUUACAUUGCUAAAUGAAACACAGAAAAUGAAGUCCACUACCCUGGUACUGGAUUUGGAUGAAACACUUGUCCACUCUACUUUGGAACAUUGUGAAGAUGCGGAUUUUAGCUUUCCAGUCUUUUUCAACAUGAAAGAGCACACAGUCUAUGUAAAACAGAGGCCUUACCUUCAGAUGUUCCUGGAGAGGGUUGCUGAGAUGUUUGAAAUUGUGGUGUUCACAGCCAGUCAAAGCAUCUAUGCAGAACAGCUUCUGGAUAUAUUGGAUCCAGAUAGAAAACUUAUAUCUCGUCGAGCUUAUCGUGAAUCAUGCAUUUUUUCAGAUGGAAGUUACACCAAGGACUUAACAGUUUUAGGUGUUGAUCUUGCAAAAAUUGUUAUAAUUGACAAUUCUCCUCAGGUUUUUCGGUUGCAAGUGAAUAAUGGGAUUCCUAUUAAGAGUUGGUUUGAUGACCCAUCAGAUUGUGCACUAAUUUCAUUACUACCCUUCCUUGAGACCCUGGUUGAUGCUGAUGAUGUCCGUCCUAUCAUUGCCAAGAGAUUCGGUAACAAGGAAUAAGAGCCCCUUGUUCUCACCUAUUUUGCUCAAUUUAACAGUUCCUUGUCCUUGUCAUCUUGUUUUAAGCAAAAAAUAUCCUCAAUAUAGAUGCUCAAUAUUCAUUCCUCCUUGAGCUCCUGGUAUAGUUAUUUAGACUAAAUAUAUCAUUAGUCCUUUGUUCAGUCAGCUUUUGGUGCUCAUUCCUUUCUUUUCUCUCCUCUUUUGACAAUCUCUUCAAGUGUUCAAUCGAAUUUGUGGCAAAGGUGGUUUUAAAGAACUUUUCUAUAUUUGCAUUGUACAGUUAUAGGUGCUUAUAUUUUCUUAAGGGUGUGUAUAUGAAUUAUUUUGUUGUGGAAUAAAUUUUGUGAGCUUGUUUUUGCAUUAAUAACUGUUGACCCUAGUUAUGCAAUCAAUUUUUUUUCUUGCUCAAUCAUUAUUUUAUUGCCUUGUGGAAAAGAAUAUCCAACCCUAUGAAUUAUAGUAUUUGACUUUCAACAGUUGAAAAUGAUACUGAUGCAUUACUUGCCUCAUCUUGUUAUGCUCAGGUGCUUCCAUCAUCACUUAAUUCUUGUGUGCUUUUCAUUUUAUUUAUUUAUUUAAUAAUAUAGCAAACAUGCUAGGAUGAGGACUUAAAUCCUGGUUCCUAUAAGAUGACUUGAGCAACAUAUUGUGGAAGGAAUUGUUAUUCUAUAUGCUUCUUGAUAUAUACAAGAUAUGGUUCUAUUAAUUUCAAGAAUCCUCAUGAACAUAUAGAAGCCAAGGAAAACUAGAAUAGACUCCUCUAAAAAGGAUUGUGGAGAAUGUGAAUUUGUUGGUGCGCAAGAAGCUUUUUAUCCUUCUUUUUUGUGUGAGCGCUUAUUUUCCCAUUCUUGGGGUGAGGGGAAAGGGAUUUGGGAUCAAUCCCAUAUUAUAUUAGUGAGAUUUUUAUUAGAGAACAUUGUUGUUUUCCCAUUUGUGCAAGCCUUCUGUUGUCUUCUAUUUCUUACUUUUCUUUUAUUGUUGAUUAUAUUCCUGUAUUUUAGAUUUUAUGGAAUUCAUUGAAAUAUUGAUGUAUUGCUUGGCUGCAUCAUCUUGUUUUUUUUUAAAAAAAAAACCCAAAUCCUAAAUUUAGAAUUCUAAUAACUUGUGUUAAUUGUUACCUUCUAUAAGAAUUAAGAUAAAGGUCUUCCUUACAUGAUAACAAGUGAGCACUACAGAAAUUAUUGGAAUUUGGAAGUUGAUGAGGAUCAGUUACUACACUGCAAACCCUGAUCUUUUAGAAAUAGGAGCUACAGGCCAGCAGUUUCUGUGGUGUGGAAUCCUCUCAUUUGGUGAAGGAAUGCCAUUCUUCUGCUAGAAAUUUGAGGGGGUUGUUACUGGAAAAAACUGCAAAAGGCUCUCUCCUUAGGAGGGUAUAUGGCCAUGGAGGAGGCAGCAGUGUAGAGAAUGCUGAUGGUGAACCAUCGGAGUUAGACACAAUGCUAGAUAGAUUGGACAUUUCAACUAGAGUUUUGUCAAUAGGGUUUCCCAAAAUAGAAGAUUCUUUUUAAUGCUAUGAUAAAGUCAAGGCACAUUACAGACAGAGUACACCUGUGAAGAAAAGCUAAGCUGAAUUACUAUGAUAUUGGAACUUUAAGCAAGAGACCCUUGUAAUAUGUAGGUAGGCAGAGUACUGAAAGAACUACUAUUUAAGAAGACAUCCUUUAGCUUCAAGAAGGGAAGCUAUAGUUUCUCCAGGAUUUCGUAUUUCUUGCUUUGAUUCUUGUAUUUUGUUAUUAUUAAUUAUAUAAUUAUAUCCAUUUGUUAUAGCUUUAGGUGCAUAGAUUUACUUUGGUUCCACUUUGUCAAGAUUCACAAAAUCUUUUAGUUUAGAAGGCUUGACUACCAUUCAUGCUCCUCUCAUUUGUUUGAACUUCAGUUUUUAAAGCAUGUUAGUCAGAUCUCAGUCCUCAUAUAGCCAUUCCCUUUCUUUCAUGAUGUUGGCACGUCCUCUGAUUGUGAUAUUGAUGUUUUAAUGGUUUGUUGCGAUUUUAUCUUUUCAAGUAGUUCAAGCUAAGAGAGUGAGGUCGUUGAUUUCAUGAUUAUAACUUAUAAGGAUCAGUGUUAAAGUGAUUGGAAGGUUAUUCCGGGUAAGAGAGUGAGUGAGAUCAUUGUUGAAUACGGGAUUGGUCUUGUGAUUAAAUGCAUCUAUUUUCUUUAUCCUUACUUGUGGCUCCACAAGACAAGCUGCAACACUCAGUUAUGACUCUUUAAGUAAUUCAUUCUGCUAACCAUAGGUCCUGCAACGAUUCAAGUAUACUUAAAAAUGUCAAUGGAUUAGUUACCAUAUAGGUCAAGUGGGUGGGUUAUUAGUCUAUGAGGAAUUUUCAUCUUAUACCUAAGAGGAUGUACAUUAUAGGUAAACUUGACCAAACUACCUGUUGCUAGCCUUAAACUUAGAAUGCUAAUUCUCCCAGGCUGUGUUUUGCUAUGGGAUUUGUGUAGGG